AUGCCUCUCUUAUCCGAGCUAACAAUACCAAAAAAGCGAAAAUCAAAACCUCAUCGGUAUCAAAAGAAGAAAAUUGACAUCAUUGAAGAGCAUUUUGAUGAUUAUUUUGUCAAUACGACAUUACAUGGAUUAAAAUACGUGGGAAUGACGAACUUGAGUAUCAUCGAAAGAUUAUUUUUUCUCGUUUCCUUCAUUUUCGUCGUUUGUUUGUCCGGAUAUUUCAUCACAAAUGUUUACAUGAAAUGGGUUCGUACUCCGAUCAUAAUCUCUCUCGAUCCCCAAUUGUCGCAAAGCAAAGAUUUUCCAUUUCCCGCCGUUACAAUUUGCAACAUGAAUCAAGCGAGAAACACUUUUGCGAAGAAUAUUUCGAGAGACUCGAUUGAAUAUGCUGUACUUACGAGUAUGUGUCAUCACACCAAACUUGAUUCGACGUUCAAAGAUAAUAUUUUUGGAAAAUGGUCUUAUGUUCGAAAAUUAAUUUUGAAUAUUACACAACCUUGUUCUCAACUUCUGACUUCAUGUCGUUUUUCCGGAAGAAGUAUCGAUUGCAACAAAAUUUUUCGCACAAUUUUAACGGAUGAAGGGCUUUGUUGUACAUUCAAUAGCUUGGACUCGGCUUAUAUGUUCAGUAGAUUCAGCGAAAACAAUAACUUUGAUAGCGGAGUUCCAAGAUCGAGUGUUUUUUGGUCUCCCGAAACUAAAUACAACAAUCAGGUGUUUGAUGAGACGCCUCGUCGAAAUCCGGGGGCAGGAGUUCAUAUGGGAUUGUCAAUAAUGCUGAAUCUUGAUUUUGACGAAUACUUUUGUUCAUCCUCUAAUUCAUAUGGAUUUAAGGUUUUGUUGCACAAUCCUGCAGAAACGCCUAAAAUUAGCAAUUUUGGCUUGUUAUUGAGUGCAGGAAUGGAAACUCGACUCCUUUUUUCUCCUGUUUGGUAUUCAGCAUCUCCAAGUAUCAAAGAUAUUCAUCAAAAUGUGCGUCAAUGCAUUUUUGAAAAUGAGUCGAAAUUGGAUUUUUUUCGUGUUUAUACGAAACAAAAUUGUGAAAUGGAAUGCGAGGCAUCAAUUACGGAGCAAGAAUGCAAAUGUCGAGCGCUUCACAUGCCCAAACUGAAUGAUGAAGUUAGGAUUUGUGAUCAACGGGAUUCUGCCUAUCGCACGGAGUACUUUGGAGAUGAUUCUUUGUUAUGCGAAUGUCUACCAGCUUGUUAUGAAAUAAGUUAUUCUACAGAAAUGUCGAGUGCCCCUCUGCUACGCAAUAACAUGUUCGAUGGAGAUGCAAUAUUGGAUUUGAAGAAUACAGGCAUAUUGCAUGUAUUUUUAGAAGACGCAUCAUUUCGUAGCUUUACGAAGACAGAAUUUAUUGGAUUUACGGAGUUUUUAUCCAACACAGGAGGACUUCUCGGAUUGUUUAUGGGAUUUUCAGUGUUAUCUGUGGUUGAAAUAAUAUAUUUUUCGAGUAUGAGACCUUAUUACAUGCACAAGAAAGAAAAGGAAUUGCUCAGAAAAGCAGCUACAUUGGUUAGUAAAUCCGAAAUUGUUGAACUGUCUGAAUAA